AUGGCGUUGGUUUUGCGUUCUGUCGACAAAAAUGGAAAAGUCAUUGAAAGGUUUGUAGAAGUUCAACAUGUUCCCGACACCACUUCAAACACAUUAAAAGAGUCUAUUGAUGCCUUCAUUCAUUUCAAUGAGUUAAGCUUCUCCAAUUUACGAGGGCAAUGUUACGAUGGUGUUAGUAAUAUGAAAGGUGAGUUCAAUGGACUCAAGACAAAGAUUUUGAAUGAUCAACCUUGUGCAUUCUAUGUUCAUUGUUUUGCUCAUCAACUCCAAUUAGCUCUUGUUGCCGUAGCAAAGGAUAAUGUUGAUGUUAACACAUUCUUCCUAUUGGCUAAUAAUGUGGUAAAUAAUAUUGGAGCUUCAUCAAAUAGGUUAUUGAAAGACAUACAAUCUUUUGAGUUUGUGUUUCUCCUAUUUUUGAUGAAAUCUAUAUUGGGAAUCACAAAUGAUUUAUCACAAGCAUUACAAAAUGAUGAUCAAGAGAUUGUGAAUGUAAUGGCUUUAGUCAACACAUGUGAAGAACAACUACUCUACAUGAGGAAUUAUGAGGGGUUUGACCUUUUGCUUACAAAGUUAAAUGAUCGCUUCAAUGAAACAAGUACUGAAUUGCUCAUUUGUUUGGCUAGUUUGAGUCCGAAUGAUUCUUUUGCAGCCUUUGAUAAAGAAAAGCUACUUUGCCUUGCUCAAUUGUACCCUCAAGAUUUUACGAAGCAAGACCUAUUGGCACUUGAAGAUCAACUUGAUAUUUAUAUUCAUUAUAUGCGUUCGAGAAGUGACUUUUCUCAGUUGCAGAGCAUUAGUGAUCUUGCUAAGAAAAUGGUGGAAAAAAGGUUGCAUCAAGUAUUUCAAUAUGUGUAUUUACUUAUUGAAUUGGCUUUGGUUUUACCUGUUGCAACUGCAUCAAUGGAAAGAGCAUUUUCCGCCAUGAAUAUCAUUAAGAGUUCACUCCGCAACAGAAUGGGGGAUCAAUGGUUAAAUGAUAGCUUAGUUGUUUACAUUGUGAAAUAUGUUUUUUCUUGUAUUGACAAUGAAACUAUCAUGACACGUUUUCAAAGUAUGAGAUCUCAUCAUGGACAAAUUUAA